AUGGGAACCCACGAUGGAUGGCCGAGGAUCGACAGUCCGCCCUCAAUUUGCAGCCGCCUCCCUCCCAUCACGAUUUCUGAACCACCGGACCACCAUUCGACUUCCCUCAAUCGCCUGAUGCCUUCUCGAUCUGAUGAAGACGACGAUGAGGACCGAAGUCCCUUUCUCAGCCCUCCUUGCGAAUCUGGUUUUUACAAUCCUCUUGGAAAAGAUAUGGAAGAGGUUGAAGCUGCUAAUAGAGCUGCUGUUGAGAGUUGCCAUAAAAUCCUCAGCCUUUUGGCUCAGCCACAAGAUCAAGUUCAGUACAAAAACUUAAUGGUGCAAACAGGGGAUGCAGUAGUUAGGUUCAACAAAGUUGUAUCUUUACUCGAUAAUGGUUUAGGUCAUGCUAGGGUUAGAAUGGUCAAAAAAAAUUCAACCCCUGUACCCCAAAACAUACUCUUAGACACCCCCACCACCAUAACAACCCACCAUCAUCCACCAAAACCCCUUCAACUUCUUUUAGAUUCGCACCCAAUUCAAGAAGUUGGUUCAAAUGUUGUUAAGAGCACUCUUUCUUUAGCUAACCAUCAUCACCCUUCACUCGAAUUAAACUCAAAUGGUAAGUGUUCCAUUCAAGUUUCCCAAAAUACCCCUCACCCUUCUUCUAAUUACCAUUUCCUUCAACAACAAAAGCUCAAACAACAAGCUGAAAUGAUGUAUCGGCGUAGUAACAGCGGGAUUAGCUUGAAUUUUGACAGCUCAACUUGCACCCCUACAAUGUCAUCCAAUAGAUCUUUUAUGUCUUCAUUGAGUAUUGAAGGGAGUGUUGCUAAUUUGGAUGGAAGCUCUUUUCGGUUGAUCGGGUCAACCCGGUCAGCUGACCAAGCCUCGUAUCAACACAAAAGGCGGUGUUCGGUCAGGGGAGAUGAUGGGAGUGUGAAAUGUGGAAGUUCUGGUAGAUGUCAUUGCUCCAAAAAGAGAAAACAUAGGAUUAAGAGGUCAAUCAAAGUACCUGCCAUUAGUAACAAGCUUGCAGAUAUUCCCCCUGAUGAGUAUUCUUGGAGGAAGUACGGACAGAAGCCCAUCAAGGGUUCUCCUCAUCCCAGGGGUUAUUAUAAGUGUAGCAGUAUGAGAGGUUGUCCAGCAAGAAAACAUGUGGAAAGGUGCUUGGAAGAUUCAACAAUGCUCAUAGUCACCUAUGAAGGGGAACAUAAUCACCCAAGGUUACCUUCUCAAUCUGCAAACGCCUGAAAAAUAUUCUGUAUAUAUUUUAAUGGGUUUAGGGGAUAUUUGGAGCUAAAAUUAUGGGGUUUACAAUCCUUCAAAAGAAAGGGUCAAGU